GUAAGUCCAAAAUUCCCCAUACCUCUCGCACUCCACUCCAGAACCCCCAACCUAACCCUGCAGCCGCGAUCGCUGGCAGCGAAAGAGAGGAGUGGGCAUGGCUUCGUUUGCGCGAUCUUUCUUGGGCUGCGGCGGCAAGGCAGGACGCGCGGGCGCUCGCCGUCCCCGCGCCCUUUCUUCCGAGGUCCGCGGCGGCGAUCUCAGCCAGCGCAAGCCAGCUCCUGGCGUUCACGAGGCAGGGAGCGGAUGCGUCCACAAGGAUCCGUAUCCUCCCCUAUCUGAGGCGGCCACCAAGCUAAAUGCACUGCUGGAUGAAAUUAAGGGGAAGAAGCUCAAUUCCGUGCCAUUGGUAAUGGUGGGCAAAACCAUUUCAAACUUUGAAAUUGUUCGGAGAGAGGUUCACUUCAAAAACAUCGGUCGAUCAUGGGCCAUUACCGCCGUUCUUCUUGGUGGCUACUUCACUGGCUAUUGUAUGGAAGAGGAGAAAACCAGGAAAAAAAGGCAAUCUUUAGUGAAUUAAGAAGCCCGCCUGUAGAGGACAUAUGUAAGGUGUCCCAUGUGUGCAAAUGUGGAAGUCUCUAUCUAAUCUAGAUCUCCCUUUGGAUAUGUUAACUGCACUGUUUGUUUCCAUUCAACUAUGCUGAUAUCUGUUACAUUGUGAUCUGGAGGCAGCAUUAGAGUUGUACAUUUUUAUUAACUACUUGUUAUACUUUUGGCCUACGCAUUUCAACAUGUCGCAGUGGAGACAUUUA